AUGGAUUUUGAUGGUAUUAGCAGUGAGUUUGGAAAUGAAUAUUUAGGCAAAUAUGGUAGUUGUGGAGGGCGUAAAUAUUUGUCUACUGAUUGGGAGGGUUAUAUUACUCAUGAGGGUCAGAAGUUUGAGGGUGGAGUUUGUGAAUUCCGUGAUAAGUUGGCUAAGUACGCGAUUGAGAAUGGUUUUAAGAUGAAGUAUUUGAAGAAUGAGCCUCGUCGUGUUACUGCUGUGUGUGCUAAGAAGGAAUCAAAUGGCUGUGAGUGGAAUGUGCAUGCUGUUAAGUCUAAUGUAAAUGGAUUUUUCUAUAUUAAGAAUUUAAAUAAUGUACACAGUUGUAGUGGUUUGAUCCGUGAGAAGAGAAAUAAGGCAAUGGGGUCUCGUUUGGUGUCUUCAAUUGUCAAAGAUAAAGUUCGUAGCAAUCCUUUGGUAAGGCCUAUUGAGCUAAUUACUGAUUUGAAAGAAAAUUAUGGAUUGGAUGUCCCUUAUCAUGUUGCGUGGUAUGGGAAGGAGUCGGCUACUAAGGAUUUACAUGGUGAUGAGGAGUUGUCUUAUGCUCACCUGCCUUGGUAUGUUGAUGUUUUGAAGGCCAGCAAUGUCGGGUCUCAUUGUGUGCUUGACUGUGGCGAGGAUGGUUCUCGUUUCCAGCGGAUCUUUAUAUGUUAUAAGGCCUCCAUUGAUGGUUUUCGAUGGUGUAGGCCUAUGCUGUUUAUUGAUGGUACUUUCGUUACAAACAAGUACAAGGGUACUCUUCUAGGAGCUACUGCAAAGAAUGGGAAUAAAGAGGUAUUCCCUUUUGCCUUUGCUAUUGUAUUCGGUGAAACUGCUGACAAUUGGAGGUGGUUUCUGCAAAGGAUAUCUGAAGUUUUGGUGGAUGAAGGUAGGCAACUUACAUUCAUUUCUGAUAGGCAUGGUGCUAUUAUCGAUGCUGUUAGGACUGUUUUUCCUGCUUCUGCCCAUGGUUUUUGUCUAUAUCAUUUGAAAGAGAACUUGAAAAAGAAGUAUCCGCAUUCUGUUGGUUCCUCUUUCAAGGAUCAUAUUUUAUGGCUUUUUUGUAAGUUGUUGUAUGCACCGACUGUUGAGGAAUAUCAAGAUAUUUUGAAAAAAUUAAGAGAUGAUGGCGGUUCAAAAAUAAUUGAUAAGUUUUUGGCUGAUCUCCCUGUCCAAAAUUUUGCUAAUGCAUUUUUUCCGGGAAAGAGGUAUGGGGAGGUUAGUAAUGCCUUGUCCGAGUCGUUUAAUUCAUGGGUUAAGGAUGUGCGUAGGCUUCCAAUUUAUGAGAUGAUUGACACUAUUAGGGUCAAAAUGAUGGAGAUGAUUUCUAGGAGGAAGCUUGCAUCCGAGAAAUGGUGUAGUGUUUUGUGUCCGGUUAUUGAGGAUGAGUUGAAGAAUUUAGCUGCAAAGGGUCGUCAUUGGAGGAUAUGUCGCGCGAGUGAAUCUAUAUUUGAAGUUCAUGCUGAUUUGAGUGUUAUGGUCAAUUUGGACGAGAGGUUUUGCUCCUGUUAUCAGUGGCAAUUGCUUGGGUUUCCGUGUCAGCAUGCGAUUCAAGUUAUCCAACAUUCCGGGUUAUGUUUGUAUAACUUUGUUGAUGAGUAUUACAAGGCAGACUUUUAUAGGGCUACUUAUGCAACCCCUAUAUUUCCUAUACCUGAUAUUGAGAAGCCUCCUGCUGGAGAUGUUUUUCUUCUACCUCCGCAUACAAGAAAGCCUCCGGGACGACCUCCGACAAAGCGCUUCAAGUCAAGCAGUGAAACUACAAGGCAGUUGAAGUGCAAGAGAUGCGGUUCUUGUGAUCGUCAUAAUAGGAGGACUUGCAAGGCUCCUAUUUGAUGUAAAGGUUUUGGAGUAUAAAGACUUGAAUGAGAGUAGUUAGUCUUUAACUAGUUAAAGUGCUAUGUGAUUGAUUAGUGACAAUCAUAGUUGAAAGGAAUAGAAAUUGAUAUGCAAGUUGUUAAUACGGUGAAAUAGCAGUCACUGCAU